CGCGCGUGCGUCUUUGACAGUAAACAUGGCGGCGGCAGCUAGUCACUGGUGUACACACAGUACGAGUCGUUUACUCUGUUUUCUACCUUUUCUCUUCAUCACUUUAUUAUUACAUGGAGCUAAUGCUGCUCCAGAGACGGGUCUGUGGACUACACCAGUGCUGAAUACCUCGAGACCUUUAUUAUUACGAAAGUCCAUGUACAAGGACACAGACAUUGAAGUGAAAGUGUCAUCCUUUGGAUGUCCAGAAGAAGUGACGUUUACAAUUCAGUGGUAUUUGAAGUAUUACCCGUGUCACAAUCAAUACAACAAUAUAGAGGAACUGUAUGAAAAGACUCCGCUCAGUCGAGGUGGGAGUUUGGAUCCCGUGCCUUUUGGACAGGGAGAAUAUAUUCAACACGCAUAUAAAGCAUUGCCCUGUAACAGCGACAUGCACUUCUUUCCUAUGCUCAAUAAAUCCAAAGCGGAGCCGAAACCAGUAAAGCCGCCUGCGAUGGACAGAGAGCUACAGGCGGAUCGUUUUACAAGUUCUCCUGAUGCUGAGGCUGGCACAUAUAGAACAAAGGAUAAUGUGAUUGCAACGACCUGGAGAGACGGACCCUACCUGCUCGUGGUGGCGUUGCAUCCAAGCAAACAAGACGUCAACUGGAAUUUAACCUUCAGCGUGGUGAUGAAGGGAACUCACGGUUUUCUCUCUGUCACUGAAUGGCCUCUCAUGAUCUUCUAUAUGGUCAUGUGUGUGGUGUACAUCUUGUACGCUCUGCUGUGGUUCGUCUGGUCGUCCUGUUACUGGAAAGACCUCUUGAGGAUUCAGUUCUGGAUCGCAGGCGUCAUCUUCUUAGGCAUGAUAGAAAAAGCGGUUUUCUAUGCUGAAUAUCAGAACACCAACACCGUGGGCUCAGCGUCUCAGGGUCUGUUGAUCUUCGCCGAGCUCAUCUCCGCUCUGAAGAGAACUCUCGCCCGUCUGCUGGUCAUUAUUGUCAGUCUGGGUUAUGGAAUUGUCAAACCCCGUCUGGGCACGGUCAUGCACAGGGUGGUUGGACUGGGUGUGCUCUACUUUGCUUUUGCUGCCAUUGAGGGCGUUUUAAGGAUCACAGGGGCGAAAGAGUCUGAUCUGGCCCUGCUGGCCAACAUUCCCCUGGCUCUGCUCGACUCCUCUCUGUGUUGGUGGAUAUUUGUCAGUCUAGCACAAACCAUUAAAACUCUAAAGCUCAGAAGAAAUCCAGUGAAGUUGUCUUUGUACAGACACUUCACCAACACGCUCAUCUUCGCAGUUCUCGCAUCCAUCAUUUUCAUGGUCUGGACAACAAAGAAGUUCCGGUUAGCCGACUGUCAGGCGCAGGACUGGAUGGAGUUAUGGGUAGAUGAUGCUUUCUGGAGGUUUCUCUUCUCCAUCAUUCUGCUGGUCAUCAUGUUUCUGUGGAGGCCGUCGGCUAACAAUCAAAGGUAUGCGUUCACGCCUCUCAUCGAUGACUCUGAUGAUGAAGAGAUCGAAGAGUUCUUGGUGUCUGCAAAUUUAGCUGAUGGGAUAAAAUUGAGAGCAGCCAAGACAGAAACCAAUGGAGCAGCAAAACCUACAACCCUCAAUCCGGAUGAAGACUUAAAAUGGGUGGAGGAGAAUAUUCCUGCCUCUCUGACUGAUGUAGCUCUUCCUGUUCUUCUGGACUCCGAUGAGGAGAUCAUGACUACAAAGUAUGAGAUGUCUAAGAUGGAGUGAGUUUGAGAAAGCAAGCCUCCAGCGACGAACCAAAGCGCUGUUCCUGUAACUGGGAUCAGAGAGCGAGCGAGCGAGCGAUGGACUCGCAGACUGUUUUCUGCCUUUGCUGUGGUCGCUCGGUGAGCUUUGGAUGUUGAAGGAAUCAUGCUGAAGGGGAGGAGGUUUUCUGUGUGAUCUCAACGCCGUACUACCUGAACUACAUGUGAGGUUUUGCCUCUUUUUCUAAACUUAAAAGAUGUCCAGCAGACAAAGUCAUCAUUGAUAUACAGUACAUAUUUGAACUUUGUUGAUAUCAUAUCUGUUAAAGUUAGGAUUGAUUAAUACAAAUGCAGUGAUCAUUUGUCUAAAUGACUGAAGCAUUCGAAGCACAAUAUUUUGUUGGUCAGUUUGUUUAUUUUGACUGAAAGUUAGCAAAACGAAUAAACAGUGAUAUGAAACUUAAGUUGACUGACCAAAGCAUCUUCUACAUUUCCUUCAGUUAGAAUCUGGUUUUUGGCUGUAUAUAAAGUUUAAUUUAUGAGUUUCACAGGUCUGUCAAUUUGUCUAUAAUUUCAACGCAUAAUGUGAAAUGACUGUAAGUGUGUUGGAUUUGUGUGUUUGUCCACAGAGUAAUUUAAAUGAGCAGAAUAAUAGUAGUAGUAUUAUUUAUUUAUUUUGUCUGUAGGGAGUCCAGAUAUGAGAAAUGUUUGUCUCCCAUGAAGAACAAUUGCAGCAAAUGUUUCAAUAUAAUAUCGUAUUUCUUUCUCUUUGAAGAAAAGCGCAUGUACAUUCAUUUUUAUGUAUUUAAAUCUUAGAAAAAGAGUUCACAAUCUCCACCUGGAUAUUUUGCUGAAACCUUUUCUAAUAAAUGGUUUAUUUUUCUUUAUGCAAAAUAUAAUUUCUUGUGAUUUUAAUUUUGGGAAUGACAGAUUCACUCAUAUAGAUGCAUACUGAAGCCUUACAACACUUUUAUUCUUGAGUUUUGUUCUGUACCCGGCUGUAUCACAGUCUGUGGUUCAGUUUGUCACUUUGCCUUUUUGCUCUAGUCUAUUUAACAAAACACAUGCUUUACCAUGAACCGCGGUAAAAUUGAGAUAUUUGUCUUUUGUUUUGUCCAUGAGAAAAAACACAUUGUCAAAACUGAUUGUAAUUCAUUUUAUCAGCUGCACUUUAGGAUUUCAUUUGAUCAUGGGAUGUAGUAAAUAUCUUAUUUUAUCUCUAGGAUUCUGGCCUUGUCAGUCAUUCGUCAUAAAUAUACAGUAUUUAUUUUCAAUGCUUUUGUUUUUGCUUACAAUCACAUGAUCUUUUUGAAUGUAAAGUCUCUCCGUUUAGUCACAGAACACCCCUGAAGUCCUGCAGAUCUCAGGUUCUGUCUCUUAUCUGUCCACCUGCAUGUUCGUUCAUGUUUUAUACGCAUUAAUAAUGUGGGUUGCAAUAAAGACCCUUUAUUACAGUCAACUCUGAGACAUUGUGUU